CGGCAUUAACCCAGUAUAUCACAAUGCUUGCCUCUCGCCAGACUCGUGCUUUCACCUCGGGCGCCAGCGCUGCCCCUCGGCGGCCUGCCAUGGCCGUGGCGAUGCGCCCUCGCGCUCGCCCGACCGCGGCUGUGUCCGUCCGUGCUGAGAUCUCCUACAUUAUGAUCAAGCCCGACGGCGUGCAGCGCGGCCUGGUCGGCGACAUCAUCUCUCGCUUUGAGCGCAAGGGCUACAAGCUGACUGCCCUGAAGCUCUACCAGACCCCCAAGGAGGUCGCUGAGGAGCACUACAAGGAUCUGGCCUCCAAGCCCUUCUACAAGGACCUGGUUAACUACAUCGUCUCGGGCCCCGUCGUGUGCAUGGUCUGGGAGGGCAAGGGCGUCGUGGCCACCGCUCGCAAGAUGAUCGGCGCCACCAACCCCCUGGCCUCGGAGCCCGGCACCAUCCGCGGUGACUUCGCCAUCGAGGUUGGCCGUAACGUGAUCCACGGCUCUGACUCGCCCGAGAACGGCGAGCGCGAGACCGCCAUCUGGUUCCCCGAGGGCAUCACCUCGUGGAGCCAGACCAUGGAGCCCUGGCUCAAGGAGUAAACUGCUGGCCACCGCCCAGCAGCGGCCGGCACUUUUGUGGCAAUGUGCAACGUGACCGAUGUGUGGAGGGCGCCACAGUGUCGCUGCGUUGCUGCCUCAAGAGGGACUGAUGCGUUUUAAACCGGUGCCUGGGGCAGCGCGCGUGGGCGCUCGUGUAUUCGUACGGGCUCGGGGUUUCGGACAUGGCGCCUCCGGGAGGAGGUGGCUGAGCUAGUGUUGGGAUUGCUCGCGCUGUUGGCGAGUGUGGUGGGCACGGAUGACUGGCGGAGUGGCUGGAUGGCGCGCACGCAAUUUUGUUGGACCUUCGGGGGGGCAGCGUGCUGGCGUGUUGAAUGGUGAAGCUGUGUUGUACUCGGACUCAGAAGCAGAGGGGUGGCUGCUUCAGCAUGUAACAUGAUAAUUGA